AAGGAAGAAAGGAAGUUGCUUGGAGAAGGAAAAGUGCAAGACUUUUGCUCAAGACAAAUUUGUCUCCGCAAAAUCCCAUCUGGGUAGUGUUUACAUUCGCCAGAAGAAACUCUAGCUUUUGCCCACCAAACCCAAAAUCUCAAUAAACCCAUAUCCAGAAAAGAAAGAAAUGUUCUCACCUUCUAUCUCUUCUUCAUAUUCCAAGCUUUUAUGCGCAGUCUCUUGUCAUCUUCAGGUCCAAGUCCAACAAGCUAAGAAAGUACGAAAUUAUUAAAAAGAGAUAUGUAUAAACAGUAGAUAAGUAUUAUUAGUAGCUGAUUUGGUUUCGGAGUGACCGAGGAGGAAGUGGGUUUUGAUUGGUCGGGUGAUUUUUGUCAUGGCUUUCAUCUUCUGUUGUGGAAGAGGCUCAGAUCGAAAAGAUCGUGGGAAGAAACAGCCAACGUGGAGGGUCUUUUCCUUGAAGGAACUACAUGCUGCUACAAACAAUUUCAAUUAUGACAACAAACUCGGAGAAGGCGGAUUUGGCAGUGUUUACUGGGGUCAGCUUUGGGAUGGAUCACAAAUUGCUGCUAAAAGGUUAAAGGUCUGGAGCAAUAAAGCAGACAUGGAAUUUUCUGUUGAGGUUGAGAUCUUGGCACGAGUUCGUCACAAGAAUUUGCUGAGUUUACGUGGAUAUUGUGCUGAAGGACAAGAGCGCUUGAUUGUGUAUGACUACAUGCCGAAUUUGAGCUUGCUUUCUCAUCUUCAUGGCCAACACUCAGCCGAAUGCCAACUCGAUUGGAACAGACGGAUGAACAUUGUAAUUGGCUCCGCGGAGGGGAUUGCGUAUCUCCACCACCACUCUACCCCACAUAUAAUACAUAGAGACAUAAAAGCUAGCAAUGUUCUGCUAGACUCAAAUUUCGUGGCCCAAGUUGCUGAUUUCGGAUUUGCAAAGCUAAUCCCUGACGGCGCGACUCAUGUCACCACGAGAGUUAAGGGGACCCUUGGCUACCUUGCACCUGAAUACGCCAUGUUAGGGAAGGCAUCAGAGAGUUGUGACGUCUACAGCUUUGGCAUUCUCCUGCUGGAGCUUGCCAGCGGGAGGAAACCCAUUGAGAAGCUGAGUGCGACACUGAAACGCACAAUCAGUGAUUGGGCUCUGCCCCUUGCUUGCGAGAAGAAAUUCGAAGAAUUAGCGGAUCCCAAGCUGAACGGGAGCUACGUGGAAGAUGAGCUGAAAAGAGUCAUCCUUGUUGGACUCCUCUGCGCGCAUUCUCGGCCGGAGAAAAGACCUACCAUGCUUGAGGUGGUGGAACUGCUAAAGGGAGAAUCAAAAGAGAAACUAGCCAAACUAGAAGAUGAUGAACUAUUUAAGAACCCACAGCCCGCAGAUCAUAAGAAUGGCGCUGCUAUGGAAGAGAUCUCAGAUUCCAUCUCGGAGGAAAAGAGUUCAAAAGAGGAGUUAAAGGAGGAAGCUGGGCCUGGAGUUGCUGAACAACUGUGAGGAACAUUUAGGUGCAGAAUUUGGACAUUUGAUAUUUUGUGUUUUCAUUCCUUGGAGCAAGGCAGACCCUGGCUGUCAAUUUACACAAAAACGCCAGGGAUAUUGUAGCAGUUCUUGCUCUAAAAGGCAUUUUUUUUUUUUUUUGAGUGCUGUGAAUACUGUGUGCGUAUAUCUUUUUUCUCUUUGCAUUUUUUUUUUCCAUUUAUUUCCUUUUCUCUGUUUGUUUCUGAAUAUGUGAAUGGCAAGAACUGUUCCUAUA